ACUGAAGGUAAAGUAAAGUAGUUUUGAGUGACUCAGAGCUUUAGUCCAGACGAGCCUCUCUGUUUCUCUCUAAAGAAACAACUGAAUCCAGCAGCUUCUCAUCAACAACACAACAGGAUCUGUGACAAACUCUGAGCGUCGAUAUGUCUGCUGCCAGCUGUCUGCAGACUGAAGAUCAGUUCCUGUGCUCCAUCUGUCUGGAUGUCUUCACUCAUCCAGUCACAAUACCAUGUGGACACAACUUCUGUAAAGCCUGCAUCACUGACCACUGGGACGUUAAUGUCCCGCCUAACUGUCCCAACUGUAAAGAGGGUUUUAACACCAGACCUGAACUUCGGGUCAACACGUUCAUCUCUGAGAUGGCUGCUCAGUUCAGACUGUCAGCUCAACAGAAAGCCAGCAGCAGCAGCUCAGAGCAACAAGCUGCCCAACCAGGAGAAGUUCCCUGUGACGUCUGCACUGGAACCAAAGUGAAGGCCCUCAAGUCCUGCCUGGUGUGUCUGGUCUCCUACUGUGAGGCUCACCUGGAGCCUCACCUCACUACGUCAGGUCUGAAGAGACAUCAGCUGAUGGACCCUAUGGAGAACCUGGAAGGCAGAAUGUGUACGAAGCACGAUAAACUGCUGGAGCUGUUCUGUAAGGCCGACCAGAUGUGUGUCUGCAUGCUCUGCACUGUUUUAGACCACAAGAAUCAUGAGUAUGUUCCUCUGAGAGAAGAAUGUGAAGGAAAGAAGGCCGAGCUGGGGAAGACUGAGGCUGACGUCCAGCAGAUGAUCCAGAAGAGACGACUGAAGAUUCAGGAGAUCAAACACUCAGUGAAGCUCAGUGAGGAACAAGCAGCCAGAGAGGUAGCAGAAGGUGUCCUGGUCUUCAGCGCUCUGAAGGAGUCUGUUGAGAGAAGCCAGGCGGAGCUCAUGGACACCAUCAAAGAGAAGCAGAGAAAGACACAGAAAGAGGCUAAAGGCUUCAUCAAAGAUCUGGAACAGGAGAUCUCUGAGCUGAAGAAGAGAAGCACUGAGGUGGAGCAGCUCUCACGCUCUGAAGACCACCUCCACCUCCUCCAGAGCUUCAGGACCCUGAACACUGCUCCACCCACCAAGGACUGGACAGGAGUCAGAGUCAGUCCACCUUCAUAUGAGGGGACUGUGGUGAGAGCUGUGAACCAGCUGGAGAAGAAGCUCAGUAAACAGAUGAAGAAGGUGCUGGAGGUUGAGCUGAAGAGAGUCCAGCAGUCUGCAGUGGAUGUGACACUCGAUCCUCAUACAGCAAAUCCUAAGCUCAUCCUGUCUGAUGAUGGAAAACAAGUUAAACUUGGAGAUGUAUGGAAGAAUCUCCCAGACAAUCCAGAGAGAUUUAAUCUUUGUGUUGUUGUCUUAGGAAAGCAGAGUUUCUCUUCAGGUAGAUUUUACUACGAGGUUCAGGUUAAAGGGAAGACUGAGUGGGAUUUAGGAGUCGUGAGAGAGUCCAUCAACAGGAAGGGAAUCAUCUCAGCGUCUCCUCAGAAUGGUCACUGGGGGAUAUGGUUGAGGAAUGAGAAUGAGUACUUAGCUCUUGAUGAUCCUCCAUUCCGUCUCUCUCUGGAGUCCCGGCCUGAGAAGGUGGGGGUGUUUGUAGAUUAUGAGGAGGGUCUGGUCUCCUUUUAUGACGUUGGUUCUGCAGCUCUGAUCUACUCCAUUACUGGCUGCUGCUUCACUGAGAAACUCUACCCGUACUUUAGUCCAAGUACUAAUAAUAAGGGUAAAAACUCUGCUCCUCUGAUCAUCUCUGCUGUCAAUCACACCAAGUAGAACAAACAUUUGUUCUUCUUCUUCUUUCAUUUAUUAUUCCAUAAAUCCAUAUGUUUUUACUUUUUAACUGUACAUUUUUCUUGUAAUAAGUCACGUUUUAAACCUCCAACACAAACAACUGAUGGGUUAUCUGAUGUAGUUUGAUUUAUUAUAACAACUGCUUAAUCUGCAUUAGUCACAAAUAAGAAACAUUCUCUGAAUCCUUAAAUAUCUGUGUAUCAAAUGAUUUACACUAUUUUCUUAUUGUUGUAAAAUACUUCAUGAAUAUUGGCACAAAUUACUGGAAAAGGAAACAUUUUUCAGUUUAAAAAAGGUGUUUCAAAGUGUUUCUUGCAUCAUUUUCAGAUUGACUGAUACAUCAAGGGAUCUCAGUCUGGUGUGUUUUCUGGGGUAAAUUAAAGAUCAUCUUUUUGCUUAUUGGUGGCAGGUAACGGCUCCCUCCGUUACCUGCCUACGUAACACGUAACACGUACAUUGACAGAUGUGCGUGCGCAGCCACACACGAGAAAGAUGUCGAUUGC